CCCACGGCCACCGGAUAACACAUCCACCACCCCGCUGCCCGUUCCUCACUCGAAGCACCGAGCAAGGGCGGAAGAGAAUGGCGUCCUUGGUGCAGCACGUCGCGGGGCUCGCGUGCCCGCCGCUCUCCGGCGCGUCGCGCCGCCCCGGGGCGCCGAUGCGGCCGUCCGCGCUGGUCUGCGGGACUUACGUGCUGAGCAAGGACGAGAAGGAGCGGGAGCGGAUGCGCCAACUGUUCGACGAGGCCUCCGAGCGCUGCCGCACCGCGCCCAUGGAGGGCAUCACCUUCUCCCCCGAAGACCUGGAAUCCGCCGUCGAGACCACCGACAUCGACACUGACAUUGGCUCCCUCAUUAAAGGAACAGUAUUCAUGACCACUUCGAAUGGUGCAUUUGUUGACAUCCAAUCAAAGGCUACUGCUUUCUUACCUAUAGAUGAGGCAUGCCUUCUUGACAUCGACCAUAUAGAAGAGGCAGGCAUUCGGCCAGGUUUAGUAGAACAGUUUAUGAUAAUUGAUGAGAACCCUGGUGAUGAAACUUUGAUUCUGAGCUUACAAUCAAUUCAGCAAGACCUUGCCUGGGAAAGGUGCAGGCAGCUUCAGGCAGAAGAUGUUGUUAUCACGGGGAAGGUAAUUGGUGGCAACAAAGGAGGUGUGGUCGCCCUUGUGGAGGGCCUUAAGGCAUUUGUUCCAUUUUCACAAGUGUCAUCGAAAACAACUGCUGAUGAGCUGCUUGACAAAGAAAUACCUCUGAAGUUUGUGGAGGUUGAUGAGGAACAAGGCAGGCUUGUCCUCAGUAAUCGCAAGGCAAUGGCUGACAGUCAAGCCCAGCUUGGUAUUGGUUCAGUUGUCUUGGGUACUGUUGAGAGUCUAAAACCUUAUGGUGCAUUUAUCGACAUCGGUGGAAUCAAUGGGCUUCUGCAUGUCAGCCAGAUUAGUCAUGACCGUGUUGCAGAUAUCUCGACUGUUCUGCAGCCAGGAGAUACUCUCAAGGUUAUGAUACUAAGCCAUGACCGUGAAAGGGGGCGGGUUAGCCUUUCUACAAAAAAGCUUGAGCCAACACCUGGUGACAUGAUCCGUAAUCCAAAGCUUGUUUUUGAGAAGGCUGAUGAGAUGGCACAGAUAUUCAGGCAGAGAAUAGCUCAAGCAGAGGCAAUGGCUCGUGCCGACAUGUUAAGAUUCCAGCCAGAGAGUGGAUUGUCUCUCAGCUCAGAGGGCAUCUUAGGGCCAUUGUCGUCAGACACACAGGACUUAAAUUCGGGAGAAGGACAAUCAGCGGAUGAGUAGAUGAUUUCAAAGAUGCAAUGGUAGUUCGUUUCUUCAUUUUUUCUGUUUGUGAAUGCAUGAUGAAUAUAUAUAACAUCCAGACCAUUUUCCCUCGUUAACUUGUGCCUGUACAAUUGUGUAUGAAAUGCAAAGGUACUGAAAGGCCGAAAAGAAAUGGAAGUUGCGCCCCUUUUGUAAAGCUAUCCAGCCCGUGCAGAAAAGGGGUUGUGUGUACAGCCACACUAAAAUACCCAA